GCCAGAUGCUACCAAGUUGGGUCACCCAACCUCUACCAGCACAUAUACUCUCCGUACCACUGUCGCUAUUUUGAUAUUUAUCAAGAGAAAUAUGUAACCAGGCCUGAGGCAACCCUUUUCGUAUGGCCGAGACUCUUUCCUCAGUAUUGUCAAUACUACAUUUGCCUUGCAUCACGUCUGCUAUCACAGAGGUCAAACAGAAGCGUGAUGAAGACCAGGGAACACCAUUCACACAUAGAUUGAAGGCAGACGGGUUGCAAGACCUAUCAAUAAUCACGGGAGAUAAGCUGGUUCAAUUCUCACCCACACGGCCCACUCCGCAGGCAUUCUUGCUGGUCUGUCUGUGGAGUUGUCAUGAUUUCGGGCUGCCCGGCUUUGCAAACAGUGCACAGAGCGUGAAAGAACAGGAGCAGGAUGACUUGGACUCCCGUUCGCAAGCCUUUAAGUUGAUCGUUCGCCUUGGACAGCCUUUUAACGCACUUUUACUUGGGCAGCAUGGUUUGGAGUACAAGAUAAUCACAUUGGAUCAUAGUAGUAUCACCGCAGAAGUUAAGCAAAAUGAAUGUAUGAACAAACCAGGAUUCAAACAUACUUAUAAUUAAUGAACUUAAGAAACACAGCCUAAGCGACGGAAUUGAAUCGACAAGGCUCUUUCAUGACCACAACGAAGGCCUGGUUAUGGAUAGAGAGGCCACCUUUCCAGAUAGCAACUCAGAAGGUUGCUAUAAAAUUGAAUGAGUAAUGACGAAAUGAAGAUGAAGGAACUAUACAUUAAAUUGCAGCCGACGGGGCAGAUCUGGGUUACAAGAAUUUUCCACCGCUAUGGCAUAUGUGAGAU